GGUGUUGUCCGUCUCCCCGGCUGCUACCAUCUACCCGAGCAGUUCACUUCAUUGUACUGACGGUGCUCAUCAAUUAGGCGAGAAUUAAGCCGUUUUAGAUGCAAUAGUAGUCUUUGAGCGCUUCGAAAGGGAUUAUAAACAGCCGGAAAGAGACGCAGAUAAGUUUUGAGUGCGGGCAGGCGGAGAGGAACGAAACACAGACAUGCCCUCCGUGAUGGAGCGCUCGGGGGCCGGGGUCCUGUCCAGGAGCAGAGCCAAGACCGUAACCAACGGCAACAGCCAGCCGCACUCUGAAGAAGAGAGCAGCGAUGAAGAGCAUGCUCAUGACAGCAUGAUCAGAGUGGGAGGAGACUACCAGGCUCAGAUCCCAGAGUUCAAACCAGACAGUCCAACCCGCUACAAUGAGAAGGACCAGAGGAGCAUGCUGGUCUGGUGUCCCAACAGUCACCUUUCUGAUGCAAUGUUAAUCCUGAUGGCGAAAGAGAAACAUGGAUACAACAUGGAGCAGGCUCUGGGCAUGUUGCUAUGGCACAAGCACGACGUGGAGCGCUCACUCGCCGACCUAGCCAACUUCACCCCGUUCCCAGACGAGUGGACAGUGGAGAAAGUGCUGUUCGAGCAGGCUUUCAGCUUCCAUGGCAAGAGCUUCCACCGCAUCCAGCAGAUGCUUCCAGAUAAGCUGAUCUCCAGGGUGAAGUAUUACUACAGCUGGAAGAAGACCAGGACCAGGACCUCGGUCAUGGACCGUCAGGCCAGGAGGCUGGUCAACAAAAGAGAGAAAGAUGACAGUAAUGAUGAUCUGGAGGAAGGUGACCCAGGCAGUGACAGUGACUUUGAGAUUGACACCAAGAAAGAGGCAGUGAAACAGAACCCCAACAACGCCAGCUCUGACAAGGCGACC